AUGAAUCAAUACGAAACUGAACGGCGUCUUUGCUGGUGUUAUGGACUGUUAGCAGUAUUACUCGGAGUAUCGGUAAUAUGUAUCGCAAUACCAUAUAACCAUUGGAGAGCUACUCUCGAUGUCUGUCCCAGCAGUUGGCUUGAAAACGCUAACUGCGGCUGUAUAUUGUUUGGUCUUAGCGCAAGUCAAUACUUCAAUGGUGGCCAUAACGCAUAUUGCCUGUACACUAUCUUCGCGCCUAUACCAUUAUUAGGGUAUGCUGUGGUCAUGGCAUUAUUCCACAUGUACAGAGUUUGUAUAAACAAUAUCGGCCAAUAUGAAAGUGAUAAAUCAACAGAAGUGGAAGAAAUUGAAGGAGAAACAAUUAUAGUGACCACACGUUCUAGGAUGUCACAGAAGAAUGAUUCUGUUAUAUAUUGCUGGAUUCCUACAUCUAGUGUGGGCGCUGUGCUAGGUGUUUAUAAUCUUGUACAUGCUGCUAUUAUGACGAGCGGCUAUUUGAAAACCUGUCACCAAUACAGGGGAUAUCUAGUUCGGGAACUCAAAGCAACUGGUGAUCAUGCAACCGCUAUACAUUUCCGGCUCGGUUGUCAAGCUAUCUUUGAUUUCAUGGACUACAUCCUGAAGGAUGCUCCCAAUAGUCGUCGAGGAGACUUCAUUAAUACUGGUAUUUCUUUACAAAUUGCUCUAAUUACCACAUGGGUGGCUGUCUUCAUAUGGUUUGUAGUCACCGCAUUCACAGCUUUAAGAGCCUAUAAAGAAAGACAUGUUCUAACUUGUUGUGGAAAAUAA